GACUGAGGAGGAGGAGGAAGCAGAGGCUCGAACUGCUGAGCCAGGAAGUGGCUCCACCUUCAUUUCAAAAAAGAGAGAAAAGCUUGCAGAGCAUAACAACCGCCGUUUCUGUUCCUGUCCCCACACGCCCCACACACAGAGUGAGCAAAUGCCUGGCGCCGUAGCCGCUCGCGCUUCCCUUUGUCUGUGAAGCGACCACGAUGCUGGCCUCCCGCGGCCCCAGCAUCGGGCUGGCCUGCGGAUUAGUCCUGAUCUUCGCGGUGCUCCUGCAAUCCAUAUGUGUAGCUAUUACUUUCAUAUACUUCACUAACGAGCUGCAACAGCUCCGGGAUACUUAUUCCAAGAGCAGCUUUGCUUGCUUUACCAGAGACAACUUUUUCCUAGAGAACCUGGAUCCAAAUUACAAUGAAGAUGGUGACCCCUGCUGGCAAGUCAAGUGGCAGCUCUCAAGGUUAAUUAAAAAGAUGAUAGCCAGGAACCGUGUGGAAACGGCAGCCUCCUCAGUCAAAGGUGAUGUUUCUCUCGAUUCCGCUGCAACUGAGAGAGAUGCAGCUGAGAGCGCCGUGCCUAGAGUGGCCGCUCACUUAACUGCAAACAAAAACAGGAAGAGCGCUUUAAGCAUGCAGAAUCCCUUGGUCAGAAGCGGCUUAGGAUUCAAAAUGAAUACGUGGGAGCCGUCCAGAAGAGCUCAUUCCUUCCUCUACAACGUAGACUUGCGGGAUGGGGAGCUUAUCAUACCCCAAACAGGCUUCUACUAUAUCUACUCUCAAACAUAUUUCCAAUUCCUUGAACCAGAGGGUGUUGAACCCAGUUCAGAUCCUGCCUCAGACAGUGUCAGGAACCCAAAGCAAAUGGUUCAGUACAUUUCCAAAUACACCAACUACUACCCAGACCCAAUCCUACUGAUGAAAAGCGCGAGAACCAGCUGUUGGUCCAAAAAGGCAGAAUACGGACUUUACUCCAUAUACCAAGGUGGAGUGUUCCAGCUAAAAAGAAAUGAUCGGAUUUUUGUCUCUGUCAGUUAUGAGGACCUGGUGGACAUGGAUAAAGAAGCAAGUUUCUUUGGAGCCUUCUUGGUCUCUUAAAAAAAGAGAGAGAGACCAAAUAUCCAAAGCCUUAAACCAAAAGAUCUGGUUUUGAACUGCAUAAAGAGAACACUGGCUCUCUUAAUUUUCUGUCUCCAGAAACUGAGCCAUGUGUAGUCUUCCUGUUGACAGGUAACCUGGCAUUGAGAAUCUGGAUUUGCCAAGAGACAAGGAAGUCCCAUAUGUCAACAUCUAUAUAUAAAAAAAAAGGCCAGGCAUUAAUGGUUGUAAUGCCAUGAAUAUCAGAUUUUAUUUUGGAGGGGGCAGGGUUGUACUAGAUCCGUCCCUGAGAACGGUAUUGACCACAGAAGACUGAAUGCAAUCCACUGGACCUGCAGAGUAAUGCACACUGGGAAGCCGUAUGGAGUAAAGCACGAGGUUCAGCCUGCAUCACCGCAUGACUGGCCACUCUUGGAUAGCAGAUAGCAUUUGCUGGAGUGAGGCAAUGGCCCUUGGACAAGUGGUUGCCUUUGGCCAGGCUGUUUCCACUGCAAGCCUUUCACAGCAGAAGGAGCUGAGCUACGUAAUCAGAAAUAUCACAUGGAAGAGCCUCUCAGGACUGUACCACUGGAGGUAGGGGAAGAUCCCAUGCUAGAAGGCUAAACUGCAUGGCAUGCUAACUUUGCACAUGAAUGUUUUGGUGGCAAGGGAAGUUCAAACCUGUAGUCCCCUUCAUGCAGCCUGAAGAGAGCCAGUCCCAGAAGGGCUAUACCGUGUGAUAUUUCCCUAUUUGCUGUUCAUCUCUUAGCAAUCAUCAUAUUGGGAGGUCUGCAGGAGAGCAGAAUUUACAUAUUCUAAAAGUGCAUGAUGGGCAAUAAUUAUCCAAUUGAUUGGACUACACCAAGGUUGGGAAAGUGACCCAUAUCGCAAGCUGCAAACUGUUGACCAUUUAUUGAAUAUUUCUCUUUAAAGCUGGCCUACUCUGCCGUAGUACAUUUUUUAACUAAGCCCUGCUUUUAUUUUUAUUUUUUUUUAAAAAAAUACAUGCUGACAACAACAUAGAAAUGUUCACUUGCACAUACCCACUAAAGCAGGAACCUUGGAGAUAGGAUUGCCUUUAACAUCAGUUUGAGCUGUGCAGAAAUGAACAACUUCCAUGCAGUUGAGCAUUACGACCUGUAGGUGUGCUGUUAAAGACAGGAGCAGGGCUUAGAAAGAAAAAAAAAAAGUUGGCAACUCUUAACUCAAGGUGGGUUAGAUUUUAGUGUUAUUGUUGGAAUUUUAAGGCUCUAAUGUGAAUUGUAUGUUGUUAUGUUGUGUGUCGCCCAGAGUGGCUGGACAACCAGCCAGAUGGGCGACUAAUAAAUUAGUAAAUAAAUAAAUAAAGGUGCAUCAAGUCUGUGAUGCUACUCAUACCAUUCUCAGGGAGAUACCAUUGAAAAAAAGAUUUUGAGCCAGAGGGUGCUUUUGAGGGAGAAAACAAGCAAGUCAAGACAGAUACAGGAGCAAUGGCGUUGGUGUAAUGUGUUACCUGACUUUUUGACUGGCAGUUGGCUCAAGGGCCAGAGGUACAACCUCCUGGCUCCUCAUAUUUACAUCCAAGAACAUUUAAGUAUGUUUCACUGAUGCAGGGAAAUAGAUGGCAAAGAUUUACUGCAAAGGAAUCUCCUGACAUAUUUUGGCAAUCUUCGGCUGCGGGGGAAUGUGAAGUUGGCAGGGAGUUCCUACAGGCUUGGAUUGUAUUAAAAUCUGCCAUGUUUUCUGCAGCCUCUUGAACUCUCUGAGGUGAUGCUGCCCUACUCCCACGCACACAAACCUUUUUUUUGCAUGUAAGUUUAGAACAGGGUGACCCUGAUACCAUCCAUCCCAGAAAACAGCUGUUUGUUUUGCAAGCACUACACACUGUUCUCCAAGAGAAACCACAGGAUCACAAGGAAAAGAGUACAACGAAAAAAGCCACGAGCGUUUGUUCAUCAGUUUCAGUUACUAAAUAUACAACAGAAUGCUGUGCAUGCAUACUCAGAAGUAAGUCCCGCUGUGCUCCAUGGGGCUUACUCCUAAGUAAGGAUGCAUAGCAUUGCAGCUGUAAGUCAUCUUUCCAGUCCCACCUCCCUUGGUUAUCAGUUGCCAAAUGUAGCAAAUGGUGUGCAUCUGUGUGUUUACAGUAGGGGGGAUCCCUCCCACGUGUUGCAAGAGCAUGUGAGACUGCACUGGGUUAGCCCUACCAUUGGCACAUGCAGUGCCCCCUGGCUCUGCAUGUUCAGCUGGCAUCAAAAUGGGCUCUGUGUGUGUACUGAUGUAUGCAGAUAGAACUCUAUUCGAGGGGAAACCCUGAUUGAGCCAGAAUCUGGCCUCAUGUGGAGGAACGCAACACUUGGCGUGUGUGUGUGCGUGGCCUCUUAAGCCACCUGAAUGUGUAGAUGGCAAGGACAUGGACACUGUAUGCAACUGUGUGGAGCUACCCUGCGUGGGCCCCUCAUGUGGUCUUUGGACAUGCGUAGGGGGUGGUGUCAUCAAACCCCUCCCAGUCGUGUGCAGCGUAGAGAAUAGCAGCAGAGUUGUAAUUUUUCUGUUAAUUUGCAAAUUGAAAACAAAAUUCUGUGUUUUUUUCUAACCUCUUUGAAUGUUGUCCAUUUUGUAAAUAGCAUUUUAUAAAAAAUGAAUUUUCUCAAGA